AUGACUCUCCUCGCUGUCGAGCUCAAAGAAAGCACAAAGUACCUCCACGCCGAGGCCGGUCGCUCCAAGUUCAUGAAGUACUUCUUCAAGGGUGAAGUCUCUCCUGCAACUUACGGUCGUUUCCUUGUCUCCCUCUACCAAAUCUACAACGCAUUGGAAAAGGCACUAGACGACCACAAGGACAACCCCCAACUGGCACUCAUCUACUUCCCAGAGGAACUCUCGCGCAAGAAGCCCCUCGAGGAAGACCUGGAAUUUUUCAACGGCCCCGACUGGCGUCAACUCCUCACCCCCAUCAGUCCCGCCCAACAGUCCUACAUCUCUGCCAUCCAGAACUGCGCUUCCUCUAAGCACCCCGAACGUCUGGUCGCUCACUCCUAUGUCCGCUACUUGGGAGACCUCUCAGGAGGACAGGUCCUGGCCAAACGACUCCAGAAAUACAACGACUUGCCUGAAGACAAGGGUGUUUCCUUCUACCACUUUGCGCUGAUUGAGGAUAACGACCAGUUCAAGGAGAUGUUCCGGAAGCGGUUGAACCAAAUCGAGGUGGAGGAUGAGGUUCGGGAGCUGAUCGUUGAGGAGGCCAAGGAUACGUUUAUGCGCAACAUUGAGAUCUUUGCAGAGUUUGAUUCGCAGUUGGAGGGUCUGCCCUUGACCAAGAAGGAGCAGCUCGAGAACUUGGCUAUCUUAGAGAAGGAGAAGGCUGAACUUGCUGCCGCCAAGAAGCAACAAGAGCAGGAACAGGACAGCGCCAGUGGCAGUGCUUCGGCUGGGUUGUUGGCUUCUUUGGCACCAUCCAACUUGUGGAACUCGCUAAUGGGCGCUGUUCGAUACCCUGCUGCCGAGCGUGUGGAGCCCGUCGACGCCUAA